AUGUCGAAUAAUAUCGAAGACGAUACUGUUGAUAAGAAACAGUUGGAAGUCCUUAAGAAGGCUAAGAAGGACCUUGAAAGUCACCUAGGCAAGGUUGAUUACCAUAGGAAAGCAGUCAAAGAGAUCCUCACUCACUUUGAUACUAACCUCGAUACAGGGCUCACUAAAGCUGAGGCUCAGAAGAGACUUGAAAAGUACGGAACGAAUGAAUUAGAAGCUAAGGAGAAGGAAAGUCUUUGGGAAAAGAUCAAGGAGCAAUUUGAUGACCUCCUAGUCAAAAUCUUGCUCGUCGCUGCUGUGAUUUCCUUUGUAAUUGCUCUCACUGAUGAUAAAGAUGAAGGAAUCGCUGCUUAUGUAGAGCCAUUUGUCAUCUUAUUGAUCCUGAUUGCCAACGCAAUCAUUGGUAUCGCUCAGGAUAGCAAUGCUGAAAGCGCUAUUGAAGCUUUAAUGGACAUGCAAGCUCUCGAAUGUAAUGUAUUGAGAGACGGAGAGUGGAACAUCAUGGACUCAAAGAAUCUUGUUCCAGGAGAUAUUGUCGAAGUUCAAAUCGGAGAUAAAACACCUGCUGAUCUCAGAGUUGCUGAAAUGAAAUCAGUCAGCUUGCAGAUUGAAGAAGCCUCUUUGACUGGAGAGUCUAAGCCAGUGAACAAGCAACAUGAAAUUAUUCAAUCUACCUCGAACCUGCUCCAGGAUAGGAAAAACAUGCUCUUCUCUUCUACUAUUGUAACUUAUGGUAAAGCUGUUGGUAUUGUCUGCUCUACUGGAAUGGAUACUGCUAUUGGAUCAAUCCAAAAAGAAGUAAUGGCUGCUAGUGAAGAGGAAGAAGACACCCCAUUGAAGAAAAAGCUCGAUCAAUUCGGAGAAACGCUCUCAAUUAUGAUUGGUGCUAUUUGCUUCCUUGUCUGGGCAAUGAACUACUCUAACUUCAGCGACCCAAUCCACGGAGGUGUUGUCAGAGGAUGUAUCUACUAUUUUAAAAUUGCUAUUGCUUUGGCUGUUGCAGCUAUCCCCGAGGGACUUCCAGCUGUUAUCACUACUUGCUUAGCUCUUGGUACCAGAACUAUGGCUCAGAACCAUGCUAUUGUUAGGACACUCCCUUCAGUUCAGACUCUUGGAUGCACCACAACCAUUUGCUCUGAUAAAACUGGUACUCUCACAAAGAACGAGAUGAGUUCUGUGAAGUUCUUCUACAGUGGAGAGAAAUUUGAUGAUUUUGUUGAUAUUGAUGUUGAAGAUACCACUUAUAACCCACAAGGAAAGGUUGAUAUCUCUGACAAAAAGAAACAAGCUCAUAAGGAUCUCUUAUUAGCUCUUGCUACCGUCUCAACCGUGAAUAACCAUGCUGAUAUAAAAUUCUCUUCUGGAAAUUUCGAGAAAUAUGGUGCUCCUACUGAAGCUGCUCUCAAAGUACUUUCUGAGAAGAUUGGAGCUCUCUACAAUAACUUUGAUGGCUAUGAUAAGAACCCAACUCCCUUCUCAGACAGUCUCAACAUUGAGAAGCUAGGAACCCUCGAAUUUGAUAGUAAGAGAAAGAUGAUGGCCACUGUCGUAUCUGGAUUCUCUGAAGAUCACAAGAUUUCUCUCCUUCAAAAGGGUGCUACUGAAAGAAUCAUUGAUAGAUGUGCAACUCUCAGACUUGGAAAUGGAGAAAUUGUUGACCUUACUAAGAAGCAUAAGGAAAUCUUGAAGAAGCACUACAACGAGAUUGCUUCCCAAGGCCUCAGAUGUAUCGGAAUCGCUGCUAUCUACAAUGGAGGAGAGCUUAGUACUAUCAAUAAGAAUAACAAGAACACUCUUCUCUCAUCCUUUGAUAUGUAUGACACUUAUGAGUCUGGAGGUACCUUCCUCGGAGGUGCUGCCAUCAAGGACCCUUUGAGGGAGCAAGUUCCUCCAUCAAUUCAACAAUGUAAGGAAGCUGGAAUUAGAGUUAUUAUGAUCACUGGAGACAACAAAAACACUGCUGAAGCAAUUGCUAGAGAAGCUGGAAUUCUUGUUGAAGGACAAACCUCUGAAGGUAACUGCUACACUGGAGCUGAGUUUGAAGAACUCAACGAAGAAGACAAGAUUGCCGUCCUUAAGGGAGACAAAGGAAAAGUAUUCGCUAGAGUUGAGCCAAGACACAAGAGAGAAUUAGUCAAACUUCUCACUAAGCAAGGAGAAGUCUGUGCUAUGACAGGAGAUGGUGUAAAUGAUGCUCCUGCUCUCAAACAAGCUGCUAUUGGUGUUGCCAUGGGUAUCACUGGUACCGAAGUUGCUAAGGAGGCUUCAGAUAUGAUUCUUACUGAUGAUAACUUUGCUACUAUUGUUAAGGCUGUUGAACAAGGAAGAUCUAUUUACUCUAACAUGCAAGCUUUUAUCAGAUAUCUGAUCUCCUCUAAUAUCGGUGAAGUUGCCUCAAUUUUCAUGACAGCUACUCUUGGUAUCCCAGAAGGAUUCACUUCAGUACAAUUGCUCUGGAUCAAUCUCGUUACUGAUGGGCCUCCAGCUACGGCUCUUGGAUUCAAUCCUCCAGAUAAGGACAUUAUGAAGAAGCCACCAAGAGAUCCAGAUGAGAGUCUUCUGAGCAACUGGGUUCUCUUCAGAUAUAUGGUCAUUGGUAUUUAUGUUGGAGCUGCAUGUGUUGGUAUCUUCAUCUACUGGUACUGCUGUGAUGACUUUGGAGAUGGUCACACUCUUGUCACUCUCGACCAACUCAGAAACUGGUCUGAGUGCCCAGACUGGAAGGACUUCCAUCCAGUUGGACCACACGGGCAAACAUUCGAAGACCCAUGUACUUACUUCACUAUUGGGAAAGUAAAGGCCAGUACCUUGUCUCUCUCCUGCUUAGUAAUGCUUGAAAUGUUCAAUGCUUUCAAUGCUCUCUCUGAAGAUGGAUCUCUGGUUCAGAUGCCUCCAUGGAUUAACCCAUGGCUUAUCUUGGCCAUUGGCGGAUCAAUUGCUAUCCAUGUUCUAAUCAUCUAUAUUCCAUUCUUCGCUGACAUUUUCGGAACUGCUUCCAUGACGGGAUAUGACUGGAUCAUCACCCUUGCUUUCUCAGCACCAGUAAUUCUGAUUGAUGAAAUCCUGAAAGUAUUUGCCAGAAUCAAGAACAACAUUGAGCUUCAGAAGAGACUUAAACAAGACUAAUUAAUUGUUUUAAGCAUC